CGUCCUCUUCAGCGCCGGGGCAGCGGCGGACGCGGCUCCGCUCCCCGCCGGGCGAUGGCCGAGCUCAAGUCGCUGGGCGGCGAAGCAUACCUGGCUCUGCCCCCGGGGUACGGCCCGUCCGCGUUCGCCUACGGGGCCGUGCGCGGUGGUACCGAGGGCCCGCGGGGAACCUACCCGGGGGGCGGCGGCGGAGCGGACUUCCAUCCCGGAGCGCUGGGCAAGUCGGCGGAGAGUAGCGGCGAGCAGAGCGGCGACGAGGAGGACGGCUUCGAGGCCGGGGUGAAAGGCGGCGCGGGCUUCGAGCGAGAGGGCAAGCUGAAAGGGGGAGCCCUGGGUAAGAAGCCCAAGGAGCAGCGCUCGCUGCGCCUCAGCAUCAACGCGCGGGAGCGGCGGAGGAUGCACGACCUGAACGACGCGCUGGACGGGCUGCGCUCCGUCAUCCCCUAUGCCCACAGCCCUUCGGUGCGGAAACUCUCCAAAAUCGCCACCCUGCUCCUGGCCAAGAACUACAUCCUCAUGCAGGCGCAGGCCCUGGAGGAGAUGCGGCGGCUGGUGGCCUACCUGAACCAGGGCCAGGCGCUGAGCGCCCCGCUGCCCGCCACCCUCAACCCCUUCGCACAGUCGGCCGUGUACCCCUUCGGCGGAGCGGCCUUGCCCGGCUGCCCCGAGAAAUGCACUGCCUUCACAGGAGCCGCCUCCCUCUGCAAACACUGUAACGACAAGCCUUGACUUCUGCCUUCUUCGGGCUUUCGGGGGGUUAUUUUAUUUAUAUUUCGUUUUUUCUGUGCACUUUUCUUUCCGCUACCAUCAGCCCCGGCUUCCCACCAUCAGUUAAGUCUGGGUUUUCUUUUUGUUCGCUUCUCUUAAACCACCCCUGUCCCCACACCCCAUCUGGAGAUGUUUGACAGUUUAUGUGGACCCCAAAACCACCCACUUACAACUUUUAGUUCCCCCUCCACACAUGCAGCUCCAUCUGUAGAGUUAUUUCCUUUCCAGCCUGUUAGUGGACUGUGAGCGUGAUGUUGCUUUUCUGCUUGCUCUGAUCUGCAAAGUUUUUGAGCAGUUUUGAAACUAAACUAUAGGAAAACAGGGAGAGAGAUUGAUCUGGAAAUGGAAACCUCAGUGAGUUCUCUUUGGCGUGAUCAACCUGUGUUAAAAAUAGCUUAAAAAGAGGGAGGGAAGCAAAAUCCAGCUGUAAAACUAUGCAAUGAUUCAGAAUCAUGGGGGUGGGGGUAUGUAGCCAGCUCGGGUUGGACUGCACCCACAAAUCCAAAUGAAAAUGUCAUUUGGUCAGCUUUUGGGGGGGGGGGAAGUUUGGUGCUCUUGGUAAAACAGUAGAUGCUUCAAAGUAAGAUGCUUUUUUUUUUUUUUUUUUGCUCUUAAAAAGAAAAAUCUAGCCUGUUCUUGAACUGAGAGGAACCUGUGAUUGUAUGCUAAUGCUUGCUCUUUGCCUGUUUCUCAGCUUGGUGAAGUUUUCCAGAUGAUUUUCCAAAGUCGUUGCUCAUCAUAAAAGCAAAAGGUCACUUAACAUAUUUAUAUGUAUUUGUAACAAAUAAAAGACAUGAAUAACCACUUUCUCUGUCCUACAUGUCUCUGAAGCCAGCUGGCAGUCAAAGCAAAACCCCUGCUGAAGGAAGGUAAAGCAGAGACAGUCAUUUGUGGAGGAGCAGCGUGGUGAAGUUAGGUGAAUGAUGGGAAUACUCGGAAAAAGCUUGUGAACAUUCAGCUCCUUAACAGCAGGGAUUUGAUUUUUCUCCAGUUUCUCAUGAAUCGUGAGCACAUAAAAAAUGUUGUUUAUGCCUGACCUUUAGAGUCAAGUAGGAAGAGAUUUUAGCUUGUGUAUGUUGACGCUUGCUGGAGAAUGCUGUGCCCUGAAAGUGGUGUUCGAAAGGGGAUAUUGUAGCAUCAACCUUAGCUCUGUGGGCACCCAUGUAAAACGUGGCAGGGGAGGAAAUUGCUUAAAGACUCUGCUUAUGCCUUUGGCUUGGUUUUCUGUUAUAGCCACAGCUUGACCCUAGACCUAUGUGUGGAGUUUCGGCCAUUUAGUGUCAUGACUAAACUAAUGAUCUCUUGCCAAGUAUUGACUGUGUUAGUACAAGUUACACAGCGAGUCCCUCGCUGGUGAGGUUUCUGAUGUCGCUUGUGUUGACUUAAUUUGGUUUCCUGGUUUAUGCUGUUUAAUGCUUUGGUGCCUUGUAUGCCUCACUAAUCACUAUAUAAUAAUAGUAAUAAUUAAGGUGCAUCCAGUGAUUUCUGUUCAGAUUGGAGUACCCACCCAAUGUCAGAGCAACCGCAUAAACUGGUACAGUCGCAGCCUGAGGGGCUGGAGCUGUCCGUGGCCAUUUGUGUUAGGAGUGGGGUGUAACUAUUUAGGGUUAUUAAACCAAUUUCCAUGCCUGUCGCUAGUGUUAUGCUAAUGUGAAAAGGACUGCCAUCCCUCUAAAGCUGCUUGUCUGUGGCACUUAAUUUUAAUUAAUACAUUUCCAAAAGACUUUCUGUGUUUGCAAAACCAAGUGUGUGAUUAAGCCUCAUUCAUAAAGACAUAUCUUUAAAACUGGUUCCCACAUGUUUCCAUUUUUAUAUCUUCAUUUCUUUUUUUUUUUACAGGAUAGCUUUACAAACAGUUUAUUUGUUGUACUUUUUUCCGUAAAAGAAAGUCUUAAAUACUCUUCAAAGGCAUCUGAUGAAGCAGAAGCCAACCAAAACCACUGCUGAAGCAGAAAUGACUGGAAACUGCAAAUCAGCAAAGGUCAUUUGCUGACUGAGUUGUUGCUACAUAAUAUUUGGGAGGAAAGAAAGGUCAGUUUAACAGAGAAUCAUGAUUUUUAGGUAAAUGUUUACUACUUCUGGUUAAAAUUAUAGAAGAUUGAGCACUUGGGAAUAGUUAAAUGGAGAUUAGUUUAACUGUUCAUUUUUCACCAAAAUUGAAGUACUUGGACAAUAAAGUAUUUAAGAGCUUAAUAUUAAAUAUGAGUUAGGUUUGGUUAAAGACUUGCACUAGUACUAAUGGAAUUUAUAAUUGCUUCUUUCUCAAAUCAUUAUGGCAAAAAAUGUGGCUUGCUAAUUUUAGAGCCUAAAAAAGUCUUCACAGCCUUAGAGACAAGCUAUUUUUGGAACAAUGGUUUUUAGUAUCGUGGUGAUUUAAUUUUUUCCCCUAUAAUUUACAUCAGUAAAAAGCUUCCUCAUGUUACUGUAUCUACCUAGAAUCCUAAAAAUACACCUUUGGAGAGUCCUUGAAAUAUUUGAGAGCCCGCUUCGAAUUAAACAGUCUUAGGAGGCUGAACAUGGAAUUUCAAAUAUAGGAGAUAAAACCUGAAUUAAAGAAAAUUUUGAUAGGAAAAAUAGCAAGCUUGAGUGUCUCAAGUAUUGUUAAAAGGCUAGGUGUUAAAACAGAAAUGUAGAACUUCACAAAGCAAUGCUAGAGAAACUUGUAAAUCAUUAUUAAAUUACAGGGGUUUUAAUUCAAAAGUAAAAAGAAAUCGAACUGUAACUUUUCAUGCAACGAACAAAUUAAUAUUAACUAAAGCAAGUUCACUAACUUCUCAGUUAAUCUGAAAGUUCAGCGCUGCGAGUUGCUUCUACCCACUGCAGACUUGUAGGAUUUUAACUCUUCUCGCUCAAGAGUUGAAUCCCAUGCUGAGCCCAUUGCAUUUCCCUUUGACAGAAGGAUCUGUAUCUAUGUGAUUUAUGCUUUGUGCUGAGCUGCUGCUAAAACUGCUGCCAAGGGAAUGCCUAAUACCACUGGAAAGAUGAUUUUGUUGGGAGGGGAUGAACUAGCAUCUGAUUAUUGUGUUUGUGUGUGAAGCAUCGUUGCUAACCUUGCAGAUGUGCAUGGUUAUCCUGAGGAUGAGAUCCUGUAACUUGUCAUUUGUUUUUCCCCUUCGCUGGCAUAUGAAAAACAGCUUACUUUGUGUACCAUGUAAGGUUUUAAGUGUCUGCUUCCAGUUGAUGUUUCAGAGAAUAUAAAGAGAGGACUUCAAAAUGCUGAAGGUCUUUUUAUUUCUGCUCAAAUGUUCUUGUUAUGCUGCCUGCUUCCUUUUUCCAAGAAGGAUUUAUGGUGUAUGCUCAGAUGGAACUGAAAUACAGAUCAUGUGUUCUAAUGUACUCAUUAUACUGGUAUGUUCAUACUUUGAAGAAAACAGAAUGCCAACUUUAAUUAAAGAUAAUAUAUUGUUUUCUAA